CCACCUAACUCUUCUUCAUUAUAUUAUUAUCGUCUCUAUUCUUAUCAUUUCAAUCUUUCAAUCAAUCGCUAUUGUAUUUACUGGCCGAGUCUACAGUAGAAUCGUAGUUAAUAGUGAAAAGCCCCAAAGUAUUUAGGGGAACUUUCACGCGCGCCUCCUACGAUGGAUCUACAAUUACGAGGCAGUAAUUUUAUAUGUAGCAUCGAGUUUACUUUCAUUCGAAAAUGUUUAAACUCUCUCACCAUGAUUCUCAAGCUCUCGGCUUUGCUAGUAUUUUGAAAGUCACUUUUGGCGUGCCUUUGAGAUCAAUUAUCCUGUCUGGAGCUUCCCUAGUUCAUUGAUCUGAUUUGAAUCAAAAACAAAACACAGUCGUCGCCUUAGUUUCUCCUCACAAACUUCUCACAAAGUCCACAAAGUUCAAGUUCGACAUACUUGAUUUCUUCUCAUUCGUUACCUACAUUUCCACAAUUAAAAGACCUGGUACCUGCAAUCUCUUGAUUUGGCAAUCAAAAUGUCGGAUAUCAUCGAGAACGAAGAGCCCAUCGAAGAAAAACAACAAGUUGGCAUUAAGCUUAAGGAGCCUAGAGGGAAAGUCCGAAUCGAUCCAUUCCAACAGAAAUUGAAGGAGAUCGUAGUAUGGGCUAUGUACAAUGAUGGCGCUGUCGGCGAUCUUGCUCGAUCAAAUUUGAAGGGAUACGACGGAUUGAGCUCUGCGACACAGACUUUACAAUUGCGAGUUGAAGAAUCAAGCAUUCUUUCAAGUCUCGUUUUCCAUCAAAGUAUCGCAAUCUCGAAGAAUCCAGGUAGUCCUUCUUUUACACUACGUACAUCCAUUCCGAUGACGGCAAUCACAGACUACAAAUUCAGAGUCGCAGAUGUGAAGAACAUUUCAGAAGCCAUGGUCAAGGCUGUACCAAAUGACUGGUAUUACAAAGGCUACGGCAUUAUUUCAUUCAAUGCAAAUUACGUUCAUCUAAGCGUAUUCGAAGAUGAAAUACCUCCAACUGUGGUUCCAAAUGCUGCAGAAGAGCUCAAGAAAUAUGCAAGACGCAUGCAAUCUGCUAAAACUACUCUUCACUACUUCGAGUUCAUUGUUAAGUCCAAAUAUGUUGAAGAUAUGCACUUUCUUAAGCGGGUACAUGCAGCUUGGGAGACGGAAAACGAAUCAAAUCCAUAUUACAAAUGGAUCAGAAACAAUUCUCAACAACAGCAAUUGGGACAUGGAAAUUUGCUUGCUCCUGGUGAUCGACCAGCUUUUUCAAAAGCCGGCUUAGUUUUGGCACUAGCUGAUUUUUGGCAAUCCAAACUGCAAUACCAAGUUCAUUUGACCUAUGGUUACACUAUUGAGAAUGCAUUUGAGAUGGCCAAUGUGGAAGCUUGGCAGAGAACAGUCCUUCAUGCAUCUAUGAUUGACUUACCCGGCUCUCAAAAUUACAAAGACAACGAUAAUGAUAAUGACUUGCCGAAGUUAUACUCAUUAACAAUGGCUAUUCAUAACAUGGAGGUAGAUAUGCCGAGCAUUGUUGUUGACGAAUCCGACAAUGCAGAUACCGAUUCGGAGGAUGAUGGUGAUGAUUACUUCAAGCCUAGAAAAUCCGUCAAGCAAAACCGUACUGACAGUCAAGAGCAACUCGAGGAAAUGGUGGAGGAGCAAGCAAGAGUAUGGCGUGGACAAGUCGUCUCGGUUUUGGACGGUUUGAUUGAAAUUGUCAUCACCAGGCCUUCCGAUUCUAGAUGGAAGGGAUCAAAAGACUUACAACAACGAGUCAACACACAAAUUCCGACGCACCCCCACCGUUUGAGAUAUACCUCUCACUACAAGGAAGAAUUUGAAGUUGCAGCCAAACAUCGAGUAAAGGUGGUACCACAGCUAUCAUCCAGGGUUUACAAGGACUUGAUCAAGGGAAUUCAAGCUUUCUGUAAUGUUAAGCAUACACCUGAAUUUAUCUCCAGUGAUGUUCAUGCACAUUUGUGUGAAGUGUUGGUCACUAGAACGCACAGAACUACUUUCUAUGGGAAGAAGUUGAAACAAGACAUCUUUGGACCAAAUUACAAAGAAUUCAUUGGCCACAUGAGUACUGCUCAAAAAGCCGCUUUUGAGGAGCUCGAGAUUGUGGAUGGAUUGGUUGUCAUCAACGGAUUUACCGCAUCUGGUAAAACCAUGUCGGCAGUAUGUGUAUCAGUUUGCACCGUCAAUAACACUAGCUCUGAACGAAAGCAAUGUGUGUUAGCGAUCUCUGAGACAAACAGUGCAGUCGAUUGGUUGGCUCAAGAGUUUCACCAACUUAUCACAAAUCCCAAAGAGCCAGUCGAAGGUCAACAACACUUAAUUAUUCGUUUACUUCCGCUGGAAGAAGAGAUAAAUGCUGUCAAGACGCUCAUGAUACCUAGGGGGAAAUAUCUCAAUAUUUUGGCAGACGACGAACUAUUUGCUGGGUUUCUGGGACAAGUUGACGAAAAUCUUUACAGACAUGGUCAAAAUGUUGAAGCUGCUUGUAUUCAAUGGAAUAAGCGAAAGACAACGAUGAUAAAGACGCUGAAUUUGACCCUUGAACAAGCCAUGUGGAGAGAACUCAACAAGAGCAGAGAUGUCGAAGAUGGAGACUUCAAGAAGAUUUUGUCACUUUUACGUCGGAUUCAAAAUCAACAAAAGCUUGAAUUCAAGGAGAAAGCUGUCCUGAAAGAUCUUCUCCAGCGCUUAUGUUUGUUGACUAUCAGCAAAGCGGAUGUUUUUGUCUGCACUAUCGCAAUGGCUAUCAGACCUAAGAUUGCCAAGCUUCUAGGAAAGCAAGUAACACAUAUAUUGAUGAAUGAUGGUGCGAAGAUUGGAUCCGGUCACUUAAUUUCAAUCAUAGCAAAAUAUCCUAAGCUCGAUUUUUUGAUAGUUGAGGGCGACAGAUUUCAACAGAUACCGUACACCAGAACCCACUUGAACCCUGAAUACCCCAACCCCUUCUCCCACGCCCUCAAGGAAUCCGCUUUGGAAAUAGCUAUGCAAAUAACCUCACAUAAUGCUUGCUUGGUUCAUCAGCAUCGCAUGUGGACUCGAGAACUGUGCGUUUUCUUAUCUUGUCACUUUUAUUCGGGGAAACUCAAAGAUGGCAAUGAGAAGAGGGAGAAGCCUAUUGAGUUCAUGUUUUGCAGUGCAUUCAUAAAAGACACUCUCAAGGUCCCAACCGACGAUAACUUUGUCAUGUUCCAUAUGGAGAGCAAGGAUACUAUCCAAAAAGUUGAUACUUCACGAACAAAUUAG